AUGCCUCCCAAACAAGAACAGGAAUCUGCGCUCUUGAAUCCUCAAGUCGAAUGUCACGAAGACACAGAUGAAGACGCAGAGUCAUUUCACUAUGUCCCUCCUCCACGAAGGCGUCGAUGCUCAGCAUGUAGAUGUUUCGGAUGGACCAUGACAUUACUCAUGAUCGUCCUCAUCUCAGCACUCACCGGCGCCUGGAUCUCAAUGGCAUAUCUCGAGAUCGAUCAAACAUGUGCCAUGCAUACAAAUAAGUGGUCGCCGGUUCUCAAGGACAUUGCGAUAAAAUACAAAGAACAACAUUUCGAUGGCAACUUUAUGGAAGAGAACAAAUUCCGCAAGAAUGGCUCGGCCGAAGUCGACAAGGCAUGGGAGUCACUCGGAGUAGACUAUCGACCUGGUGUUAUCUCUUAUAAAGAUGGAAUUGCCAGUGGUCUCACUGACGCCCACGUUCAAGUCAACGCCGAGCAUGGCGGCGGCUUCAUUGUCAAUGUUGAGGGCAUGCAUCAUCUCCAUUGCCUGAACCUCGUCCGUAAGAGUCUAUACUUCAAUUACGACCACUAUAAGAAAAUGGGCGGACACGCCUUCAAGAAUGAUGGCGAAGUCUUCCGUCUACACGUCACACAUUGUCUCGAUACCAUCCGCCAGGUUCUCAUGUGCAACGUCGAUACUGGUGUUCUUGGACAAGUGUGGUACGACAAGAAAGAGCCCAAUGCGUUCCCCGACUUCAACACCAAGCACACUUGCAAGAACUACGACGACAUCAGGAAGUGGGCAAAGUCACUUCAGGCACCCCCUCCUGAUAAGCUUCCGGAGAACUUCCUCGCCAGUCCGCACGAUGUUCUUGAGUUUACUCCAUGA